AGCAUCUAUCGUGGCAUGAGCUUUCCGUUUUUCGAACAGGAGACGAUUACAUUAGACGUCGUACGGCAACAUGGUCGACUUCACCCUCUCCAGCUCCGAACAGCAAACAAGAGCGGCAGCACGCAGCUUUGCUGCUGCCAACUUAGCCGGCGCUCAAGCAAUAUAUUCCGAUCUCGCAACACCCGAAGAGCGAUUUCAAAGCCUCCGGCCCAUCUAUGCGGCCGCAGUCAAGGCUAAUCUCAUCAAGGCCCAGGUGCCGGCCCAGAUCGGGGGCAGCAGUACUAAUCUAGUCGAGGCUGCUAUCCUAGUAGAGGAGUUUUACGCCGUCGAAGCAUCCGCUUCAUUAACCAUUUUUGGGACCGGACUAGGCUUGACUCCUGUCGCGCUGGCUUAUCGGCCUUCAAUUCAGAAAUUCCUUGAUCCCUUCCUUGCAAGCGAGGGGCACCGCUUGCUUCGUUGGUCGCCUGGUUUGCAAACAACAGCACGCCGGGAGGGAGAUGAAUGGGUUCUGAAUGGUGAAAAGAUAUGGGCGACCAACUCCGCAGGCUGGGACUUUCGAGGCGCCGAUCUGAGCUGCGUGGUGUGUCGAUGCGUUGAUGAGGACGAGGUUGCGCAGGCUUCCUGUCCCCAGGACCUCAUCAUGAUUCUGCUGGUUACCCGGGAUGAUAUCCAGAGAAACGGACCGGACUGCUUCCAGGUCCUUAAACAUGUUGAGACGGCGGGACACAAAGCUACCUCAGGACCGCAUAUCAAGUAUACAAACCUCCGGGUUCCAGUCGAAAACGUCCUCUGCGCGCCAGGUACCGGUGCUCCCAUCGUGCUACACUCCUUUGAGAUCUCGGCAAUGCUCGUAGGAGCAAUGGGUGUCGGGAUCCAACGAGCCGUGUUCGAUGCGGCCCUGGCCUUCUCUCGUGACCCACGCGGUGGCACUGUCCCCAUCGCCCAACGUCAGUCCGUCGCGGACCUCCUGAUCAACAUCAAAAUGCGGACAGAGACAUCGCGGUACCUGACAUGGAAAGCCGCGCACUGCUUGGCAGCUGGUCCUGGCGAGCAUGCACAGAGACGGGAGCACGCACUGCUGGCCAAGGUACAUUGCUCCGAUGCAGCGGUGCAGUCGUGUCUAGACGCGAUCAAUGCGGUGGGGGUGUCGGCGUAUAACCUUGAAACGCCAUUUGCCUCCCUCCUCGCUACUGCGCUCGUUCUGCCUAUUUUUGACGGAGGGAAUGUGGGGAUCCGCAGACGGGCACUGCAGGAUUUGUUCCUUGAAGAAGGAUAUCAGCCGUGGGGGACGACGUUUGGAUUCGAUAACUAGUAGGCAUUUCCUACGUUAUGGCUGCCUGGGAAAGGCGUCCUUGUGUCUUUCAGUGUAUUGUUGCGCCGCGGCCAUGGCCAUGUACGGCGGCUAUGGUAAGCUACGGAUCCGGUUGAAAGAGAAAUUGAUAUCAUUUAUCAACCAUUAAUCUAUAUUGAAACCCUUCGGCGCAACCAAGAAGAGUCAAUCCUUGUUUGAAACUAAAAACAAUCAACCAAGUAUACUGACGUGUCCGUUUCUCCGUCACGAUGACUUCAUCCCUUGUCUGUUCCCCUCUGCGGGGUGAAUGCCUCUGUACCAUUGAUUACUCUCUUCCAGGCCAUUGUAUGCUCUCGUACACUCGAGCAGGAUGAGUAGCAUACAAAAUAAUAGACCAACAA